AGAAGUAAGUUUCCAAAGCUGCCUUUCUGUGCUUUGGGAGAUGGUUGCUGGUCAAGAUGCCCAAGAAGUUGCGGCCCGACCGCGUCAGGAAGACAACAUUUCGCCCCGUGUCUAAUUUUGGUGGGUCACAUGCUUGCGAGAUCUCUGUCCCUCUUUUGUGCUGAUGAUGGCGACCAUCAGCCAGGAAACGUUGCUCUAUGUUGCUCUCAAAGCUCAGAGCGGGCGCAAAGUGGGUUUGCAUCGAUGCCUGCCCAAGGUCUGCGUGGGUGGCUAGUUGCCUAACCAAGGCUGCCCACUUGUGGCUAGUUGACCGACCAAGGCUGCCUCGGCAACCGACCAAGUCGGUGCAAGUGACUUGUGGAACCCCAAACGGUGCCCAAGCCAGGAAGCUUGCUGUUUUGCCUCCAAUUUGCGUGAGCCCGAGCGCUUUCUUGGACUAGCAUACUUGCAGUGGGGGCAGGCUUUUUGCUGCUUCGAAACCCUCCAAGCAUUGGAACUGUGCAAAGUGCAUCAGUGAACACAUUCAUGAAUCCCACUAAUUCAAAAUACGAGGGAAGUGGAGAAGUGGACACCCUCUGAGCCUCACAGGCCUCUAAAACACGUCCGAGGCGCCAAACCGCAAAGGGUGCUGAGGCAAGCCCAUAUGAAUUUCUGCAAAUGAAGUUCAUCUUGCGCAGCGUAUCGCUCUUGAAAUGAGGCGUUGUUGAGGACGAAAACAGUUGGCCGGGAGGAAACUCUUUACGUCGCACUUUGGGAGGCUAAGGUUCUGUGGACCAAUCAGCAGAGGGGGCAGAAUCACAUCCACUUUGGAAGGAUCGUGCCCAUUUUAGCGGGCCCCGCCACUGUUCUGCCCCUGACUGUCCCAGCUACGCUUCCUUGCUUUGAGCUUGUUGAGUCAUGGCAGUUGUUUGGGCUGCGUCGGCAAGCAUGGCAACUUGCGCAGCGGCAGGCUUUUUGCUGCUUCGAAACCCUCCAAGCAUUGGAACUGUGCAAAGUGCAUCAGUGAACACAUUCGUGAAUCCCACUAAUUCAAAAUACGAGGGAAGUGGAGACCCUCUGAGGCUCACAGGCCUCUAAAACACGUCCGAGCCGCCAAACCCCAAAGGUGCUGAGGCAAGCCCAUAUGAAUUUCUGCAAAUGAAGUUCAUCUUGCGCAGCGUAUCGCUCUUGAAAUGAGGCGUUGUUGAGGACGAAAACAGUUGGCCGGGAGGAAACUCUUUACGUCGCACUUCCUAAGGUUCUGUGGACCAAUCAGCAGAGGGGGCAGAAUCACAUCCACUUUGGAAGGAUCGUGCCCAUUUUAGCGGGUCCCGCCACUGUUCUGCCCCUGACUGUCCCAGCUACGCUUCCUUGCUUUAAGCUUGUUGAGUCAUGGCAGUUGUUUGGGCUGCGUCAGCAAGCAUGGCAACUUGCGCCGCACAGGUGUCUGCAGUGCAGGACAGCAGUAUCCCACAAUGCCAGUGUGGCUAGGUGAGCCCUCGGCUGCUGCUGGCGUCCAAUACCCAAUACCUGGCCAAAGAGCUUUGUGAUCGGUGCCUGUAGCACGUUGCGCAUUGCGCUCUCUGCGGCAGGCUGCAUCUCAGGGCUGUGUGCUUUCGCGCACACAUGACAUGGACCGAUGCAUGUCUGCGGUGCGUGCGCAAUUGUUCUGCCGCCUUAGGCUGUCUCUCUUGGCAAGCUUUGGCCGAACCCUACCUCCCUGAGUUUAUUCAGUGUUGGUGGCCGUAGGGGUUGGUGAGCAUGGCAACUUGCACCGCACAGGCGUCUGCAGUGCAGGACUUGUUUCCUGCCGCCGUAGCAUGAUUGCCCCUGCUUGCCCCUGAGUUUAAACAGUUAUGGUGGCCAUAAGAUUCAUUGCAAGCGUGGCAGUUGGCUCCGCAAGGAUGUCUGCAGUGCCAAUGCGCUCAGAGGUGCCUCGGUUGCUGCUGUCCAAUACCCAAGACCUGACCAAUGAGCUUCAUACUGUCGGCCUGCACAUGUUUCGUUGUCAGCAGGUUGGAUGCCAGGGCAGUGUGUGUUUUGUGCAGCCAGCCGCUGCCCUGGCUUGCCCAAGCUUCAGCUGAACCCUGCGUUUGCCAGCAUGGCGAUUUGCGGCACACGGGUACGGGUGUUUGCAGUGCACACGGCGUCUUGGUGCCCUGAAUUUACUCAGUGUUUGUGGUCGUUCGGGCUGCAUUUGCCAGCAUGCUGGUUCGGGCCGCAAGGAUGCCGCAGCACGAGGCAAGCAGUGAGCGCCGUGUGUACCAUCGGCACGGGCCUGACGCCCACGCUAUUGCCAAUAGUCCCUGUCCGUUCGGGUGAGCCCCUGGUGGUUGCUUGCGUCGAGUGCGCGCUGGUGCGGCCAGCCUGCCACCUUACUGUUCCAGCUUUGCCGGAAACCUGCUGCUCAUUUUGUGUUGCUGGCCUUUCGGGCUGCGUUUGCAAGCGUGGCAGUUGGCGCUGCACGGAUCACACGCCGUUCAGUGAGCUCUCGGUGGUUUCUGGCAUCGAAUACUGCCUAUGAGCUCGACAAUGUGACUCCCUUUGCAGCAGUUCAAGUGCCAGGGAAUCGCUCUCUCGUGCAGCCAGCUUUCGCUUGAGGCGCAACUGAUUGCCCUUGCUUGCCCCAAUUUCGUCCGAACACUGAAUGUUACCGUGAGUUCAUUUAACGAUGUUGGCCGUUCGGGGCCUUUUUUGCAAGCAUCGCGUUGGAGCCAUAUGGAUGUCAGUGAAAGGGAUAAUCAGCACGUGCCGCAUGCCAUAGGAAGCACCGUGAAAACACAGCAAAUCGCAAUGAUGCCUGCUUGCCCGGGUGUUCAGGUGAGCCCUUUGCGGUUGCUCGUGUGUGCUACUUGAUCAAUUAGGUUCAUGAUGUGGGCUUUUCACAUGUUUUGCCCAGUUCCAUAUUCAGACAUGUCCUCAAAUUCGGGAGUCCGAUGAGAAUCUCCCGCUCUGAAAUUGCAAACUGGAAGUUUAAGAUCGAGAGUGCAACAGUUUCUACAGGGGCCCUGCUGGUGUGGGGUGGCUGUCCUGCUCAGGCUUGCCUCUCACGCACAUGCCGAAUGAAUACCAGCAACAUUGUGGCUCAUUGCACACACCCGCACACGUGCGCCCGCUUGUUGUGUCAGAAAUGCAAGCAAGACAGAUUUUCGCAGCAGCUUCCUACUUUUGGCCUGUGACUGACGCCCCCCAGUGUUGCAAAGUGCUCAGCCCUGGCGCCCUGCAGACACCGCGUUUGACCAGACGUGGUGGGUGGCAUAGACGCAAACCUGUCUUGCUUGAAAAUAUAGUGCGCUGCAGAUUGCCAAGCGGAACUUGAAAGCUAUUUACGUGGCCCAGAGCGAUGUGCGACACGUUUGGUGGGACCUGUAUCCUUUCUUGAGCCUGUAUAUACCCCUACUCCUUGCUGGUGAGCCAAAGAGCUGCAAAUUCCGCACGACGAAAAAAGCGAACGAAGACCGAGUAGC